AUGGAAGGUCCGUCCAAAGGUUUAAGGAAAGGUGCAUGGACUGCUGAAGAAGAUAGUCUCUUGAGGAAAUGUAUUGAUACGUUUGGAGAAGGCAAAUGGCACCAAGUACCUUUAAGAGCUGGGCUAAAUCGGUGCAGGAAGAGUUGUAGAUUAAGAUGGUUGAACUAUUUGAAGCCAAGUAUCAAGAGAGGAAGACUUAGCUCUGAUGAAGUUGAUCUUCUUCUCCGCCUUCAUAAACUUCUAGGAAAUAGGUGGUCCUUGAUAGCUGGUAGAUUGCCUGGUCGGACAGCUAAUGAUGUCAAGAAUUACUGGAACACCCAUUUGAGUAAGAAGCAUGAGCCAUGUUGUAAAACCUGGAAGAAAAAGAGAAACAUUACUUGCACUCCUACCACUCCGGCCCAAAAAAUUGAUGUUUUAAAGCCUCGACCUCGAUCCUUCAACAGUCACAAUAGCUGCAGCCGUCUCAAAGGCCUGUCACAAGUUGAGGUUAUUCCUCCAUGCCAUGAACUCAACAACAAUAAUGUUUUUGAAAAUAGUAUCACAUGUAACAAAGAUGAGGAAAAAGAUGAGCUAGUGAAUAAUCUGAUGGGUGGAGAGAAUAUGUGGUGGGAGAGUUUGCUACAGGAGAGCCAAGAGACAGAUGUGUUGGAUCCAGAAACUACAGUAACAGAGAAGGGGGCCACAUCGGCGUUUGACAUUGAGCAACUUUGGAGUCUCUUUGAUGGAGACACAGUGGAACUUCAUUAG